GUCAGAAACUGUAUAAAAGCGAGCAGGGCACAUCUUUGCACAGUCACAGAAACCCGAACCACGAACUAGCGGCGCAACCGGGCGAGGGAGCAACUUAACUACUCCCACAUUCGCAUUCCUACUUCUAUUUCUACUGCGAAGACUCACCAACGAAGACCAAGAUGCCUGAGGCACGUGACCAGCCAAUGGAGGAGGAGCCUGAGACUGAGACCUUUGCCUUUCAGGCUGAGAUUGCUCAGCUCAUGUCUCUCAUCAUCAACACAUUCUAUUCCAACAAAGAGAUCUUCCUCAGAGAGCUCAUCUCCAACUCUUCUGAUGCUUUGGACAAAAUCCGCUAUGAAAGCCUCACAGACCCCUCCAAACUCGACAGUGGCAAAGAUCUGAAAAUCGAAAUCAUUCCCAACAAAGAGGAGCGCACCCUCACCCUCCGAGACACUGGCAUUGGCAUGACCAAAGCCGACCUCAUCAACAACCUGGGCACCAUCGCCAAGUCGGGCACCAAGGCCUUCAUGGAGGCUCUGCAGGCUGGGGCAGAUAUCUCCAUGAUUGGGCAGUUUGGAGUGGGUUUCUACUCUGCAUACCUGGUGGCAGAAAAGGUCACAGUGGUCACCAAACACAAUGAUGACGAACAGUAUGCAUGGGAGUCAUCUGCCGGGGGGUCCUUCACUGUCAGGAACGACAUAUCUGAACCAAUGGGACGUGGCACCAAAGUGGUCCUGCACCUUAAAGAGGACCAGACAGAAUACCUGGAGGAGAGGAGAAUCAAGGAGAUCGUCAAGAAGCACUCACAGUUCAUUGGAUACCCCAUCACACUCUUUGUGGAAAAGGAGCGUGACAAGGAAGUGAGUGACGAUGAGGCAGAGGAGGAGGAGAAAGAGAAGGAGAAAGAGAAGGAUGAAGAGGAGAAGGAGGAGGACAAGCCCGAGAUCGAAGACGUGGGCUCAGACGAUGAGCAUGACCACGACAAAUCAGACAAGAAAAAGAAGAAGAAGGUGAAGGAGAAGUACAUCGACCAGGAAGAGCUGAACAAAUGUCCCCCCGGCGGAGCAGGAGAAACUGUUCAUCCAGAAGCUGCGCCAGUGCUGUGUGCUGUUCGACUUCGUGUCCGACCCUCUGAGUGA